AUGGCACUCACAGGCCAGCGAUUCGAGCUUGAUCUCGACGCUGAUAACUUCACGUUCAACAAUGUUGAUGGGAGCGGCCCGAAUGAUUCGUUCAGCAUAAAAGACGUCCAGGAACAUGAAUCGUCCGAGGCUCCUGCUCCACCUGCGCCCAGGGCGACCAAGCAGGGCUUUCCAGAGCAUAAGCAGCGAAAGGUUGUCUCGAGAUUCAGACAGGCACAGCAGAAAUCUCAAAGCCCUACGGUCGCUCAGCGGCCUCCCAGGCAGUCAGAUGCUGCGCUAGCGCAUGCGGUGACACGCCGGGACGGUGUGGACAUCACAACGGAUCAGAAGACCGAAAUCGGUAAGGAGAAUGACCGUCGAAUCGCCACCAUGUCGGAAGAUGAGAUCAGAGAAGCGCAGGAAGAGAUAAUGGCCACCUUGAGCCCUGCCCUGGUCGAGCGACUGAUGAAGCGUAGGCGUGACAACACUGAAAGCGUCUCAACGUCAGAAGCCACGACGGCGUCAGCGCAAGAUGCGGACAAUUCCACUUCAAAACCGCAAGCACCAUCUUUACAUGCGGACGAGUCAGCGGGCAACAAGCCCGAGGAGGAUGACACAGCUCAUAAGACCGCUGCGCAAGCUCAACCCGCCUCAGAUGCUUCACCAGACUCAAAUGCGCUAUCAGAUACAGACGCCACACGACCAGCACAAGGCCUCCAACCCCAAACACAAUCCACGUCCUCAGUACAUUUUCCCAUGCCGCCCAGGCCCGCAUCCGACUACCGUCCCCUCGACCCCUCCUCCAACACCUUCCUCUCCGACCUAAAAUCAACCUACUUCCCCGAACUAGCCCACACCCCCUCCCCAACAUCCCUCACCUGGCUCCAGCCAGACAUCCGCUUCUCCUUCCGCGGCGCCCUUAUCGCCCCCGAAUCCUCCCUCAACAUCCCCACACAUUUGGGCCUACACCACCACGGCGAAGCCCCUUCCUCUGCUGGGUACACCAUCCCCGAACUUACGCUGCUGGCGCGCUCGACGCUGCCAAACCAGCGGUGCGUUGCGUAUCAGACGGUUGGACGGAUCCUCUACCGGUUGGGUAAAGAAGAGUUCGGACCGCGGGGCUCAGAGCUGUACGAGGCGUUGUGGGCGCUGAUUGAGCAAGAACGAGUGCUGGAAGUAAUCAUGGCGGAAGCGAACCGCAAAAGUGGGCAUGUGAGUGCGAAGGCAUAUGCGACGGAGGCGCUGUGGCUGUGGCGGAAGGGUUGUGGCGGGGAGAGAGGGUUGAGGAGGGAAGGGGAACGGGUUGCGAAAUGA